UUCUGAGUAUCUACCUUCUUGAAAUCUACAACCACAACCAUGUCUGCACCACAAGCCCUACAGAGCCUCUCCACCCUGGGAUCCUCUGUAGGACAAUACGGGAGACAGCAAGUGUCGCGGUUGCAAAACCGCCUCUUCAAGACAGACAAGUCUCGACGCAGGGCACAGAUCGUUCAAGGCUCGUUCAUGGCGCACCGUCCCGUCUGGCUCACUGCAGGAGGGGCCGCCUAUACCACCGCGGGCGCAGUAUACCUCACACUACAGUACAUGCGUCGACUAAGAUGAUCGAUAAGGAGGGGGAG